CAUUGCUUCAGAAUUGAACAUGAAUUUUAUGCUGCAAUUUAGUGUAAAAAUAAAAUAAGUUGAUUUAAAUAAAGUGGAAAAACAAGUAAACAUCAUGAAAACAAAUAUGAAUUAUGUACAAAAAUACUUCAGCAGACAACAGGGAAUUUCAAGUGACCUGAGUUAUGAUUUCGCUCUGAAACGUUUAUGUGUGGCAAAAGAGGAUAGUUGGCGUGGCAUAUUGCCAUCAAAUUACAGUUCAGACUUCAAUCCGGAACCACCUAUAUUUGCAGCAAAAUUUGCCAAUUGUGAGGGUUAUCGUCAUAUGUUGGCUAUCGCCAACGAAGAUGGCAAAAUCGCCUUGCAAGACACCACACAACGCAACUAUGAACCAGAGGAAAAAUCUUUGACGGCGCCCCAAUGCCAUUACAAUGCCGUAUUCGAUUUGGAGUGGGCUCCGGGACAAAUGCGCUUUGUAUCGGCCUCUGGAGAUCAUACAGCACGUCUUUGGGAAGUAACAAAUAGUGAAAUCAUAGGUGUGCGGCCAUUUGUAGGCCAUACUCGUUCUGUAAAAACGGCAGCUUUUCGUAAAAACGAUUCAUCAGUAUUUGCCACCGGUGGUAGAGAUGGAGCCAUUAUCAUUUGGGAUACAAGAGCAAAUUUAAAUGUAGACAUGACUCCAAGAGCGGAUAAUUGUAUAUAUAGUGGUCAUGUUGGUGGCCCUGGUACGCCUGUGUCACAGAGAAAACGCUCACGUACACCGAAAAUGCCACCAAACACAACAUCGAGCAGUAUAACCGGCUUAGCUUUUCAAGAUGAAAACACUUUAAUUUCCUGCGGAGCUGGUGAUGGUAUUAUAAAAGUUUGGGAUCUUAGACGUAACUAUAGUUCCUACAAAAAGGAACCACAUCCUAAACACAGUCUGCCAUAUGCCGGCUCAUCCACCUUUAAAGGUUUCACAAAUUUAAUAGUAGAUGAUUCGGGCAGUCGUCUUUUUGCCAAUUGCAUGGAUAAUACCAUCUACUGUUAUAAUUUACAUUCAUAUUCACCAAAGCCUUUGGCACUUUAUCGCGGCCUUUUAAAUAGUACCUUUUAUAUAAAGUCUUGCCUUAGUCCGGAUGGCAAAUAUCUACUGAGUGGCAGUUCAGACGAGAAAGCCUACAUUUGGAACUUGGAUUAUCCGGAUGAACCGCUGGUGGGUUUAUCAGGACAUACCGUGGAGGUGACUUGUGUUGCAUGGGGCUCUACACACGAUCGUCCAAUUGUUACAUGUAGUGAUGAUGCUAGGCACAAAAUAUGGCGUAUAGGACCGGAGGAGUUGUUGCCCUCAGACAUAACGGAAAACUAUCGUGGCCAGGCGGAAUAUGUUAGAAAGUUUUCAAAACCAGCCCAUCAUACGGCAUCUACGCAUAAGUAUAAUCUUCGAGAUUUGGAAAGUACUCCUAGAUCUUUGAAGAGACUGGUGGAACAGAACGAAAGGACACCCAAUACUGUGGAAAAAGUUUCAACCAAAAGAAGUUUCUUGGAAAUGUUGGGUUGCACUUCCACAAAUCAGGCUAAUGAAGAUAGUGGAGAUAUGGAAAUACAUGAACCUAAGAGACCAAAAACCUUGGAAACUCGGGGACGUAGACUAUUCAGUCCUUGUCACUCAAGUGCCAGCGGCCCCUCUACAAGUUCGGCAGCCGGUUUUUCAUCGAGAAGUAUUUUUAAACAAUUGUCGAGUAUUCCAGAAGAACGUAAUAUUAGUAUUAAUGCGAACGCAACAAGUCCUUUAACACAUCACCACGAAACUCUGCAGAACAACGAUUCGAAUCAAGAAAAUAACCAAGAAACUGUAGUUCUGCAAACACCACCCUCCGGUGUUACGGCAAAUAUAUCAAAAAUGAAUUUAAAUACUAGCAGCAAUACUCCUUCGCCAUUGUCAGAAAGACGGCCAGGUUUAGAAAUGAAUCUCUCAGCAGCCUCUUUUACUUCUCCGCCCUCUACGAGUCUGCCGGCUGCUUACACACCCACACAGCAACCUUUCUCUCCCAUGAUCUUUUCACCUACUUCAAAUUUACCUAAUUAUGUAUUAGACGGAGAGGCGCCACAUUUAGGCAUCAUGUCACCGAAACGUAAACUAAAAGAUAAGGUCGAUUGGCUGACAAAAAUACGCAAACAAAAGCUAAUGUCUUCGUGUCGAGGGACAUCUUUGACAGAGAAAAUGCAAGAACACCAGCCACAUUCUCCAGCCAUAUACACAAAUGAAGUUACAGGUGGUGGAACAGCUGGUGCAAUGACACAAGUAUCAUCCCCUCGUUUACAAAGUCUUCGUCAGUCAGAGUGUAGCCCAAGAUCUACAACACCACGCAGACGUCUGUCACAAAAUCAUUUGUCCUCGCCCUCAUCAUCUUCACAUCAUAAUCACCAACCACGCACACCCACCUCAAGUCGAAGGAAUAGUGAAACUACUCUUCUUCGUUUCUUUAGUGUUCAGUCUCAAAACUCCUCCUCGUCCAGACAACAGCACACAUCCACAUUAUCUACGGCCGAUGUGGGAGAAAUGAUGCCAUUGUCUCCCAACACCAUCAGUUCAUCUCUCAAUACCAAUCCCUCAUCAUCUAGCAACAAUAUAUCAAACCCAAAUGCGCCUUCUUUACAUCCAACGCCCACGUCGGCAACCACCUGCACUGAGUGAUUUAGUUUUAUAAUACAAAUUUGAGUUGUUAGUUGUUAGUUUUGUACUACUAAAUUAAUUUAUUUUUUUACAUUUAUAUUUUUUCACUACAUCAUUAUUUUUAUUUUGUUUUAACAAACGUUGUUGUCAAUUCCAGAUUUCGCGUUAAUUUGCAUUUUUUUACUUCUAUAAUUUAUAAGUUUUUGUUUAGUUUUUCUUUUUAUUAAAAUAUUAUUUUUAUUUGUAAAUUAUUUAGUUCUUAAGUUAAUCAUAACUGAAUUUUUUUUUAUUAAAACACUAGUUGUUAGUCUUUUUAAAAUUCUUUACCUUUUUAAAAAGAAUUUUAAGUUACUAUAGUUUUUAAAUCCAACAAAUUGAUAACCCAUUUAUUGUUCUCGAAAACAAAGUUGCCGCUUUUUCCCGCAUUGGAAAAAAUAGUUUAAAAAUAAUAAAGACUUAUAAAAUUAUUUAUAAUUU